AUGUUAUUCGACCAAGAUAAAAAUAUUAUAAGCCACAAUAUAAGAGUCUCGGAAAUGGCAACCUUCUCGAAUGGGUUUGAUAAUGCGUGUCUAUUGUCUCGCUCUAAUAAGCGGCGCGUCAAGAUCGCACAAAUUCUCUGUCUCGUUCUAUCUAGUAAUAUAACACCGUUGUGCUCGUUCGUGUCACCUCAGCCUCUCGUCCGUCCUAUAAGGGCUGGGCCACUUGGGGCUAGAGGCAUCCACAGCAGCUUCCAGCGGUGA